AUGUCUGGUUAUGUAAAUAAUUAUGGUUAUGGUGCCUACGGGUACGGACAACAAGUUGCACCUUAUGGGCAUGAUGACGGCAGCGCAGCAGCCGGAGGUGGCACGACAACUAGCGGGGGCCAGGGUGGGGCUUAUAACGCUCGUUACCACUUCCCAGCGGCACAGAGUGCUGGUUUUGAUACUGGAAGUGAAGAUCGUCAGCCAAGAACAGUCUAUGUCGGCAACCUGGAUCCAAGCAUAACAGAAGAUUUCAUUACCACCUUGUUUGGCCAAAUAGGGGCUGUGACAAAAACUAAAGUGAUUUUUGAUUUUCCCAUACAGUUGGCAGAGGGGGACGGGAAGGGUGGGGGGACUUGGGAGGGUACGAACGACCCUUAUGCUUUUGUCGAAUUUGCUGAUCACUAUACGGCGGCUCAGGCGUUACAAGCGAUGAAUAAACGAGUGCUUCUUGAUAAGGAGAUGAAGGUUAACUGGGCCACAGAGCCCGGUACUCAGGCUAAAGUGGACACUAGCAAGCAUUUUCAUGUAUUUGUAGGCGACUUGUCGCCGGAAGUGGAUAAUAAAGCACUCAAGGAUGCCUUCGCACCUUUCGGUGAUGUUUCAGAUGCCAAAGUUAUUCGAGAUGCUACGACUUUGAAGUCGAAAGGAUAUGGUUUUGUUUCUUACCCAAAAAGAGAGGAAGCGGAACGUGCGAUAGAACAGAUGAAUGGUCAAUGGUUAGGUCGCCGCACGAUCAGGACUAAUUGGGCCACUCGGAAGCCUACUGGCACGAAUGACUCUCAGUACGGCCGAACGGAACUUAGUUAUGAUGAUGUUUUCAACCAAACCGGCCCCGAAAACACUUCUGUUUAUGUGGGAAAUGUGAAUAGCGCUGCAAACGGUAAAGCUUUACUUGAUGAUGAAGACUUGCGCUCAGCGUUCGAUAAGUUCGGCCGCAUUUUGGAGGUUCGCAUAUUUAAAGCACAGGGUUAUGCCUUCGUUAGAUUUGACAAGAAGGAGUCAGCUUGCAAUGCUAUCGUAAAAAUGAAUGGACAGGAAAUAUGCGGGCAGAGCGUGAAAUGCUCAUGGGGAAGAACGCCAGAGGGUCACAACCAACAGAGUGCUGGUGGUUACAAUGCUGCAGCUGGUGCUUAUGGGGGAUACGGAUAUGGAGCGUAUGGUGGUUAUGGUAAUGGGCAAGGAAUGGGAGGAAGCGCUGCACAGCAACAGCAGUACUGGAACUACUAUCAGCAGUAUUAUAGCAAUCCUCAGGUCCUUCAACAAUGGCAGAGGUAA